CAGCCCCUGCCGCCAUGGCAUCGCCGGCCGUCAGCCCCGACUCGUCCUCCCACGAAGCCCUCUCCUCCGUCAACUCAGCACCGGCGUGUUCUCCCACCUCUGACUCGGAAAACCUCAGCCCCGAUGAACUGGAGCUGCUGGCGAAGCUGGAGGAGCAAAAUCGGCUACUGGAGGCUGACUCCAAGUCAAUGCGCUCCAUGAACGGCUCACGAAGGAACAGCGGCUCCUCCUUGGUCUCCAGCUCCUCAGCCUCCUCCAACCUCAGCCACCUUGAGGAGGACACCUGGAUCCUCUGGGGCCGCAUCGUCAACGAGUGGGACGAGUGGCGGAAGAAGAAAGAGAAGCUGCUGAAGGAGCUCAUCCGCAAAGGGAUCCCCCACCACUUCCGUGCCAUCGUCUGGCAGCUGCUCUGCAGUGCCACUGACAUGCCCGUCAAAAACCAAUACUCAGAGCUGCUCAAGAUGUCCUCUCCCUGUGAGAAGCUCAUCCGACGGGAUAUCGCCCGUACCUACCCGGAGCACGAGUUCUUCAAGGGACAGGACAGUCUGGGCCAGGAGGUGCUCUUCAAUGUCAUGAAGGCCUAUUCACUGGUGGAUCGGGAGGUCGGAUACUGCCAGGGUAGCGCCUUCAUCGUGGGACUGCUGCUAAUGCAGAUGCCUGAGGAGGAGGCCUUCUGUGUGUUCGUGAGGCUGAUGCAGGAAUACCGCUUACGGGAGCUCUUCAAACCCAGUAUGGCUGAGCUGGGGCUCUGCAUCUACCAGUUUGAGUACAUGUUGCAGGAGCAGCUACCGGAGCUGAACAUCCACUUCCGCUCACAGAGCUUUCUCACCUCCAUGUACGCCUCGUCCUGGUUCCUCACCCUCUUCCUCACCACCUUCCCUCUUCCUGUGGCCACACGUGUCUUCGAUAUCUUCAUGUAUGAGGGGCUGGAGAUCGUCUUCCGUGUGGGGAUGGCGCUGCUGCAGUUCAACCAGGCCGAGCUCGUCCAGCUCGACAUGGAGGGCAUGUCCCAGUACUUCCAGAAGGUGAUCCCACACCAGUUCGACAGUUGCCCCGACAAGCUCAUCCUCAGGGCCUUCCAGGUCAAGUACAACCCCAAGAAGAUGAAGAGGCUGGAGAAGGAGUACGCUGCCAUCAAGAACAAAGAGAUGGAGGAGCAGAUCGAGAUCAAGCGCCUCCGCACCGAGAACCGCCUGCUGAAACAGCGCAUUGAAACCCUGGAGAAGGAGAGCGCGGCUCUCGCCGACAGGCUCAUCCAGGGCCAAGUGACACGGGCACAGGAGGCAGAGGAGAACUACAUCAUUAAGCGGGAACUGGCGGUGGUGAAGCAACGCUGCACCUCGGCCACCGAGAACCUGCAGCGUGCCCAGACCACCAUCCGGCAGCUGCAGGACCAGCAGGGGAACCCACGCUUCAGCGAGGAGUUUGUCACCCACCUGGAGACAGAGCUGGAGCAGUCGCGGCUGCGGGAGAGUGAGACCCUCAGCGCCCUUAAGGAGAUGCAGGAUAAAGUCCUCGACAUGGAGAAGAGGAACAGCCUGCUGCCGGACGAGGACAACGUGGUGCGGCUGCAGGAGGAGCUGCAGGCGCUGGCACUGCGCGAGGCCGAGGCCGUCAAGUCGCUGACGGAGCUGCAGCAGCAGGUGAAGGACCUCAGUGACAGCUGGCAGGCGGGCCGGGCGGGCGGGCGCUGGAAGGAGUCCCCGCGGCGGAGCAACGCCAACACGCUGCAAGAGGCCGUGGUGGCGGCGCGGCUGCGGGAGGCCCAGGCCCAGGCCGAGCUGCGGGCGCUGCGCCAGCGGGUGCUGCAGCUCGAGACGCAGGGCCAGAUCCAGCGCACGGUGCUGGGCCGGGCGGAGCAGACCUGCGCGGGGCUGCGGGAGCAGCUGCGGCUGGCGGCGGCGCAGAGCAAGGGGCUGCAGGCGCAGCUCAGCGAGAGCCACCGCAAACAUGCUGAGGCCCAGUGCAAGAGCAAGGAGGAGGUGAUGGCAGUGCGGCUGCGCGAGGCCGACAGCAUGGCAGCCCUGGCCGAGAUGCGACAGCGCGUCGCCGAGCUGGAGAUCCAGGUGAGCGGGGACGAGGGGAUGGGGAUCCCGUAUGCUGCACCCAUGGGUUCUUGGGGACCCACGUCCUGCACCCACGGGUGCUGGGAGACCUGUACUCUGCACCCGUGGAUCCGGCUGCCGCGGGGGCCGCUGGCCUUCGGGGCGGUGGGGCUGGGGACACGCCUGGGGGACGAGGACUCGCUGGGUUCCUCCGACGAGGAGCUGCCACCCUUCGCCCUGACCCACGGGGACAUCGGGGACCUCGGGGACCUCGGGGACAUGGGGGACAGCAGCGACAGCGAGACCGAGGGGGCACCUACGGCACCGUGA